AGUAAAUCAUUGGGUAAUUUUCAUUCUUGGAUGAACUAUCCCUUUAAGGCUGGAAUACACUACUCGACUUUUGCCCAGAUUUUUGCUCUGCUUUACAGUCUGCAGAGGUCAAUGCUAGUUUCCAAAAGUCAGAGCCAGACUGCAGAUUUCACAGAAAAGUGUGUAAUGUAUGAUGUGCAGAGAUGGGCAGAUUUUUAUCUUCAUGCUAUGAAUCCAUCAAGUCAGAGGAUAUCAAACAUGUUUGAUCUUUUGAGCCUAUUUUAGAACACAUUGUUUUCAGAACACUCAUGUGUCACAAGUUUCUUAACGAUGCGUGUUUCUGUGUGAGUUUGUGAUUUCAAAACAACUUGGAAGUCUGGUAAUGUGUGUGAGCCUCAGUCAUUUAGUGUUUUUUAAUCUGUAACCAUUUCCAAAGUCGGCAAGUGUAUGAUGCAUAGUGCUUUAAAAUAUGUUCAGAUUUGAAAAAGCCAUGUAACAUAUUCCAGUCUUUAAGAUUUAGAUCAGCCUGAUAUGCAAAUGAAUGAAUGAGACGGUCGAUUACUUGGGAAAUAUGAUUCAUUCAUGACAUCUCUAUUUCUCUCAUGAACACUUAAAUCAUAUGAACCACUUUCAUAAUGCUUUACUUAACACCCUUAAUUCUCAUCAACUAUUAUUAUACAGAAAAGUUGGUAUUCUUCAGGAUUAUUUAUUUAUAUAUUUAUUUUUAUUUUUUUGUGAUUCACAGAAAAGUGGAGUCAUACAGGCUUGAAAAAAUAUGAGGGUGAGUAAAUGACAGAAUCAAUUUUGGGUGAACUGUUCAUCUACAUGAAAAUUGCAUAAUUUCGCACUCAGAAUUUCCCCAAGCUGUAAUGAAUAGUGUGGCAUUCCUGUCUAAGUACAAUUUGGUCUUAGUUUGGAAAGUGAUCUGUUUUCAAAGACCAGAGAUCCACGACCCAAAACCAUUGUUAGUGAACUCUGUCCUUGGCUCAGGACUGAACAAUACACCUUGUUUGGACAGGUGAUCUUAUUCCUAAUGCGCAGAAGGCUUUGAGUGAGAUAACAGGCUUAGACGUCUUUUGGAACAAAGGCAUCGGGUUUUAAUCUGACAGCAGAAUUCCCAGUUGAUGCCACACAUACACCAUUUCAGAUGCUUUCACCAAAGAAGAGCAUGUUGAUUAUGAAAACUCAUCAAAGCCUUUCCUGAAGGAUUUUUUUCAUUUAGUCAUGUUGUAUCGCAAAUGGAUGUCAUACAAACACCCAAAUGCUUCAAAUGGGCUUGUAAAUGAAUGUCAAUUAUGUGGGCCAAUUAGUGUGAUGUGUUUACUGUGUAAACAGAGGCUGUUUGCUCGCGCUCUCUGCAGGUUUCAACUAAAGCUCUGUUCGUAUUGGGUUUUCUUACCGAACGUUUUGAUUCUCCCUUAAUGAUUUAAUAUCCAUCUGUUACAUCGCCAUGUUUUAAGAUCUAACCCUUGUACGCUGACAGCAGAGCGAGAGCGUCAAACAGGUCUCUCUGGUGCUUGUACGUGUCUUUGAAAGCGUUUGCAGCUCAGAAACGGUGCUUUUCCCCAUUUUCUCGCCACACUCCAAUUCCAAAUGUCUGCUUUGUCAUAUUAAUAAGUGAACACAGAAGCUGAAGAGUGCCUGAACUUGUCUGUGGAAUACUUCAGAAUGACAGGCCUGUCCAUAUACAGUACUCCUCCCCGAAUGGAAGUGGUGGGAUAUUACUCAUUUACUCUUUCAGAGUAGCUGAGGUGUGGAUUUGGAGGCAUCAGGUGUCACCGUUGGACGUCUGCUGAAGAGUGAUGCUGUAAGAAGCCUCUCUUAAAUGAAGCAUGGAAUCAACGGCCCACUACGAUUGGGUGAAAUCCUUCAAACCCGGCCCUGUUUUACUAGGAUUAGUGGUCAUAGCUGAGUCAUGUGACUCAGGGAGAGGGUGGGACUCACACCUGACUCAGGUGAGAAAAGUUAUAGUGACGCUGGAUCUAUUAAGAAGUUCUCUUGGAGCUGGAUCUCUAGUUUGUUCUUCUGUAGCACUUCAACACCUGAAGAGACUGUUCAUCACGUACAUGCGUCUGUUUCUAGAGUUCUUUCUGGACCUUACUGAACUAGGGUCAUGUUUGGCACUGGGCAUUUGGUGUCUCCUCUGUCUUCUGCGGUCUUCCACUCUUCGGCUGCGCACUUCUUCCCGGCGUUUCCUAGCAGGUUGACCUCACCGCAGAUCUUCAUCCCCGGGCCUCUGCUCAGCUACGAGCUCCUGCGCAGUUACCUGCAGCCCAAGCCCUGCAAACAGGCUCUGCUAUUGGCCGCUCAGUCCACAGGACAACAUGCCGAGAUUAUCGAUGAACCCCGGCCAGUGAAGCAGCGGCGAGCUCGGGCCAACUACAGCAGCUGGCAGCUGGAGGAGCUGGAGAAGGCCUUCGAGAGCACACACUACCCAGACGUCUUCAUGAGAGAAGCCCUGGCCCUCAGACUGGACCUGAUCGAGGCCAGAGUGCAGGUGUGGUUCCAAAACCGCAGGGCUAAAUUGCGCAGACAGAUGAAGCUCCAGAGCCAGGCAGGAGAGCAGUGCGGCGGGUGCGACAGUGACGACAGACAGGUAGAUUCGUCCAGCAGAAGCUCAGCUCCAGAGCUCCACAUCAGCAGCAGCCUAAGCUGUGACAGCAAACACGAGAAAGGAAGCCCCACUUGGUCCAAACCGUCCUCAUCAGCUAUCCACAGCCCUGUAAGCGACAUGCAUCAGCGGCCAAGAGAUCAGGAGGGGUCAGAGGAGCCCAGUCCAGAGGACUUCCGCUGCUGUAGCAUUGCCAAACUGAGGGCGAAGGCCAGGGACUAUGAGGCAGAGAUCCACAGCACUGUGGCCAAGGCCAGCAGAGAGAGGCAGAUGAAGACACAGGGAUCUGCCUCAGGCCCGCACAGAGACUGAAACAGAUGCAGCCAUUAUACAUUACCUCAGAAUCACACAGAACAAGUUAGAAAUCCCAUUCAGUCUAUUAUUUAUUAUUGUGCACAACUACACGAGCAAUGAGGUAAAACAAUGUGACUGAGAGCAGCGAAGCACACAUUUCUUCACUCUAAAUUUGUUUUGCUUCUUAGAUUGUCACAAUGUCAUGUAUUAUCUAUGAAACCAAUAGACCCUUUUCAAAUUUCUGGGAUUCUCCGAAGCAGAAGACAUCGUAGUUGGGUUAACUUCUAUAGGGGAUGAACACAAACUACAACAAAUAAUUUUUUGUGUGUGUUCCCAGUUUGCAGUGUAAUACAACACAACCUAUAGUGUAAUAAAUGUUUUAAAAAUGUAAAAAAAUAUCUGUAGAAACACGUCAUCUUUCAUCUUUGAAAAUGGUCCGUAUCAACUCAUAAUAAUACUUUUUUUUAUUAUACAGACAAAAUGUGAAGUUAAAUGUAUCUACUCUUUUCUUAAUUUUAAAUGUUUUCUUUAAUUAUUAUGAGCAGCAAUUUACAUACAGCCUUUAAAACAAAUUUUCUAACCGUUUUUGAGGUUGCUUGCUUGGCUUUAUGCCUACAGUCGACAUUUCCAAAGGUAGUUUUCUCAGAUGUUACUGGACUGACAGCUAGUGAACAAGAAAAGCUAAAAGAGGAAGCUCUUGGUGAUCUCAUCGAUGGCCAGCUAUCCUGUUACCCUGUAUGAAAACACAGGAUGUCUGCAAGCUGCCACAAGCCCUUCACAAACACAAUAGGGACGGCUGAAAAAUGACUGCCUUUUCUGACAAAUGUGCUUUUUAAAAAUUGCGACACACUUUACAUAUCUAUUUUUUUCCCCCACAAUAGAUGCUACUAUUUGUGCUAAACAUUUGUUCAUAUUCUGUAAUUAUUGCAUGCUUUUGGAAAUCACUUUUUAAUUUCAUGUUCCAUGCUUAACAUUUUUACAUGUUUUUUUCAAGAAAAUUUGCUUCCUAAAGGGAUCAUUC